AAUUAGUUGGUUUUCAAAUACACACAUUUUACUGGUAAGCAGAUGAGAGAUUGGGAGUACCAUACUCUCUCCUUAUGUAGCUAAGUUAACUCACACUUGCAGCCUCUACACAACCGUUGAGCAAAUAUCCUUUUCCACUCUUCUUUAGCUCUCCUCUCUCUCUGUUCCAUGUUUCUUUUUCUGCUGAUGGAGGAGCUCUACUGUCAUCUCAGUUGACGACCAAGACUUCAUUUUUAUUAACUUUCUGUAUUUGGGUUGCAAGCUAUUCUGGAUCUGUUCUUGACCCUUUUCGUUUUUGCUGAUUUUAGUGGCUAGGAGGGUAUAUAUUCGAGGUAAACAAAUCUGGGUCGACGUGUUCUUGAAGUUUCAUCUCAUGGUUUGACUGAUUAUUUUUGCUCCAGUGAGUCAUUUGAUCUUUGCAGGAUGAUAAAGAACUCAAUUUUGAAUUGUUUUUAUAUCUUUUUGUGGUUAGGAAUGGGAAUUUGAUCAUCUCGUGUUCGUGGUUGUAUGAACAAGAUUGAUGUUAAAGGUUGCGCUUUUGGGUUUUGAAUUGGGUUCUAUUGUAUUUGACUAUGUUAUCUUACAGUCUUACAAUUGCAGAUUCCAGUAAAAUAUCGAAAAUCAACACAUGUAAGAGUGUUUCUAUUUGAGACUUCCUUUUGGACAUGAAAUUGUACCUCUUAUCCCCAAUCAACCUGUCUGUAAGCGGUUUUGGCUUGUUACUACAAAAAUGCUUGAAAGACAAGUUGCUGCAACCGUGCAAGCAAAUUCAUGCAUUAAUGUUAACAUCACACACUGACAUGAAUGCUUUGUCAUUGAAUUCCAAGCUCAUCGGUGCCUACGCAAGUUGCGGGGAUCUAGGUUCUGCUGAGCUUGUGUUCCAAAGAACAACAAACCUGAAUAUUUUUGCAUUUAAUUGGAUGAUUUCAGCUUUAGCAUUCCAUGGCUACCCUGAGAAAUCCAUUGGGUACUUCUCUCUUCUUCAACAAUCAAGAACUAUUCCGAACAAGUACACAUUUGCUUUAGUGUUAAAAGUAUGUGUUGGUCUAAUGGAUCUGAACAAAGGAAAGGAAGUGCAGAGUAUGAUAUAUAGAAUGGGAUUUGAGUCAGAGCUAUCGGUUGCCAAUUCCUUGAUUAAUAUGUAUGGCAAAUGUGGCAGUACGGAAUAUGCUCGUUUAGUUUUUAAUGUAAUGGUCGAGAGAGAUAUUGUAUCUUGGACAUCAAUGAUAUAUUCAUAUGCUAACGUGGGGAAAAUUGAAGAAUCCUUUAUUUUGUUUGAAAAAAUGAGGUUAGAAGGCAUAAAGCCUAAUGAUUUUACAUGGAAUGUAAUGAUCGCUGGAUAUGCUAGGAGAGGAGACUGUGACACAGCUUUUAUGUUACUCUCAAAAAUGAGUGAAGAGGGGUUGACUCCAGAUUUGGUUACCUGGAAUGCAAUGGUCUCAGGGUAUGUUCAGAGCCACAGAUCAACUGAAGCUCUAGCAUUAUUGCAGGAAAUGUUGGAUGCUGGAGUGAAGCCUAAUGAAAUCACGCUCACUGGGCUUCUGCCAGUCUGUGGGUUGAUUGACUCUGCAUAUACAGGGAAAGAAAUCCAUGGCUUAGCAUAUAGAUUAGAGCUUUUUGCUAAUGUCUUUGUCGCUAGUGCUCUCAUUGACAUGUACAGUCGAUGUGGGAGUGUAGAAGAUGCUUGGAAUGUUUUCAGUUCUGUUCCUUUGAAGAAUGUUGCAUCAUGGAAUGCUAUGAUAAGUUGUUAUGGGAAGCAUGGCAGAAUAGAACAUGCAAUCAAACUUUUCGAGAAGAUGCAGUAUGAAGGAGUGCUGCCUAAUGAAGUAACCUUAACUUCUCUUCUUUCUGCAUGUAGUCAUGGUGGUUUAGUUGAGAAGGGUUUGAAGAUCUUUUGGUCCAUGGAGGAGUCUUAUGGCAUUAGAGCAAGGAAAGAGCAUUAUGCUUGUGUUAUUGAUCUUUUGUGUCGUGUCGGGAGGCUGGAGGAGGCUUACAAUAUAGUCAAAGAUAUGGCAAUAGAAGUUACAGAUUCAAUUGUUGGUGCUUUCUUCAGUGGCUGUAAGGUCUAUGCAAGGAGAGAUCUUGCUGAAAAGAUGGCUAAGGAUAUAUUACAGAUGGACCUGAAGAAGCCUGAAGGUCUUGUAGCCCUUUCAAACAUUUAUGCUGCUGAGGGAGAGUGGGAUAAUGUUGAGAAUGUGAGGAACAUGAUGAAGGACAAAGGAUUCAAUAAGAUGCCUGGUUCCAGUUGGUUGUAGAGGAGCAUGAUACACAGAAAUAGAUCUAGGAAUGUGACGCAACAUUUGCUUUUAAACAAUUAGAUAAUGGCAAAUGGGUCGAGGUAGAGGAAAGGGUAAGAAAUUGACUGAUGAUCCAGGAAGUGAUGAGGAAGAAAAGAUCCCUCCACAGAAGAGGAGAGGAAGGCCAACAAAAUCACUCAAAGAUGACAUUGAUGAAGAAGCAGUUGAGAUGAUUGAAGAGGAGGAUGAUUCUGAGCUUGGAAUUCAAAACUUGGAGAUCAAUGGGAAC